AUGGUACGCUCGUCCAAUCUGUUCAUGACCCAUGGAACCGAGGAUAACUUGCUGGAUAUUGUCAAGGGCAAACAUUGUGAAGAAGAAGGAGUCACAAGUCGCCCUUGGAAGAUUCACGAAUCAGGUUGGGGUAUCCUGGAAAUCGAGACGUUUCCUGGACAUGCCUACGAUGUGCAAGCCUAUGCUGCUGGAGUAGCUGAAGGUGAACUCACUCGUCAGCUGAUUUAUUAUCAUUACCGGAAUACUGUAAAAGACCUAUGCAAAAAUCACACUAUAUAUUGCAAACGUUUGUACAAAUACUUGACAAAGAAUUUGGACUGGUUGCGUUCACAAGUGCUCGUUCAGCCACCAACAGACCUCUUCUGGAGACAUGAUAUGUUCUUCGCCCAUGUAGCGAUGUCGAGCCUUCAGCUGGAUGAUCAGGAUGAAAAAGAAGUGCCAGGCCAUACCGUAUCGUUUUCUGGUUACCCAGCUCAACUCGCCUCUGCAGAUGACUACACUUUGACCAGUGCUGGAUUGGGUUCUAUCGAGACUACGAUUGCCAUUUUCAAUAAGUCGCUCUAUAGUGACAAGUAUAUCAAACCAGAAGGUCAAGUGCACUGUUGGCUUCGAUCAACGAUUUCGAAUUAUUUGACGAAAACUCCUAAGGAAUGGGUCGAAUUGUUCUCGCGCUACAACUCUGGCACUUACAACAAUCAGUGGACUGUGGUCGACUACAAGCAAUUCAAACCCGGCCAGGAGAUCCCAAACAAGGACAUGCUAUGGAUUCUUGAACAAACACCCGGAUCGAUUCAAAUGCAGGACGUGACGUGGUUCCUCAAGAAGUACUCCUACUGGCCAUCAUACAAUAUCCCUUUCAUCAAGGAGAUCAGUAUGGAAGCUGGGUUCAGCGAGAAGGCUAGAGAUUUUGACUGGUACAAAUGGGGAUCAUCACCACGAGCGAGGAUUUUUGAGAGGGAUCAUCAUAAGGUGAAGGAUAUCGAUUCGUUGACAAAGCUGAUGAGGUAA